CCCGGGCUUCCCUGGGUGGUGUCGGCGGCGAGGAUGCGCCAGGUCCCUCCGGGCUGUGCCCUCCGCUGGGCCUGGCACCUGAGUUGGAGAGGAAGCAGCCCGUCACGUCGCCUACCGUAUUGAGACCUGCACCCCGGCGGGCGGGCGGGAGGGAGGAGGGAGGAGCUGGGACACGCGCGUCCGGUCCAUUUUUGGCUGAAGGUGCGCUUCCUCCUACCCAAGCAUUCCGGGACCGUCACAAUGCAGCAAAAUCCGAGUGCUCCAACGAAGUGGCCCCUCCAUACCCCGCGUCCCUCAGGGCUUUCUGAUUGCUCGGCUGCUUUGACGUCCGGGCCACUCGGCCGAUUCUGGGAGCGCGGAUGUGUGGUCUGCCUUGCACACAGGCUGGGCACCGUAACUUCUUCCUUGCCGAAUUUUAGCGCGUGGGGGUGGAGGGGCAGCUGGCAAGGGACACAGGCUGCAGAGACGCCCUCGGCUCCAGGCACAGCGCGCCUCAGUCUGCAUUGGGCUGACACCCAUACAGCGUGGGGAUUUUCCUAGUUGCCAGAGAUACGAUUUGACGUUGCUGUAGUUUUGUUGCUUACUCCUCUUGGGAUCUGCAGUGGCGCGAUUCCCCCCUUGUGUUUUUUGUUUUUUGUUUUUGUACUUGUUUUUGUUUUCUUCUCUCUUUGAAAAGAUAACAAUGCUGUGCUCGGCAGAAAUGGAUACAGGAAGAGCGGCGUAGUUCAAGGAUUAAGGGAGGAGGCAUCUUCUCUCUUUUCCUGGUAAUUAAUCACGAUUUUAUAAGGGCAGAUGCCCUACCCGAAAAGGCCAGCCUGUGCACAACCCAGCGGUGUUGUGGUCCAAGGCGUCUCAAAGCAGGUGGCCCGAUCUGCGUUCCUCGUCGGCGGACUCGCUCCCGCUGUGGCUAUUACGAAUCUGUACCAGAACAGGUUUUUAGGCCUGGCUGCCAUGGCGUCUCCAUCUCGAAACUCCCAGAGCCGGCGCCGGUGCAAGGAGCCACUUCGCUACAGCUACAACCCUGACCAGUUCCACAACAUGGACAUCAGGGGCAUCCCCCACGAUGGAGUCACCAUACCCCGCUCCACCAGCGACACCGACCUGGUCACCUCAGAUAGCCGCUCCACACUCAUGGUCAGCAGCUCCUACUAUUCCAUAGGGCACUCUCAGGACCUGGUGAUCCACUGGGACAUCAAGGAAGAGGUGGAUGCAGGGGACUGGAUUGGCAUGUACCUCAUAGAUGAAGUCUUGUCUGAAAACUUUUUGGACUAUAAGAACCGUGGAGUCAAUGGUUCUCAACGGGGACAGAUCAUCUGGAAGAUUGACGCCAGCUCUUAUUUUGUGGAACCUGAAACUAAGAUCUGCUUCAAAUACUACCACGGAGUGAGUGGAGCCUUGCGAGCCACCACCCCCAGUGUCACGGUCAAAAACUCAGCGGCUCCUAUUUUUAAAGGCAUUGGAUCUGAUGAGACUGUCCAAGGGCAAGGAAGUCGGAGACUGAUCAGCUUUUCUCUCUCAGAUUUUCAGGCCAUGGGGUUGAAGAAAGGGAUGUUUUUCAACCCAGACCCGUAUCUGAAGAUUUCCAUCCAGCCGGGGAAGCACAGCAUCUUCCCUGCCCUCCCUCAUCAUGGGCAGGAGAGGAGAUCCAAGGUCAUAGGCAACACCGUGAACCCCAUCUGGCAGGCAGAGCAAUUCAGUUUUGUGUCCUUGCCCACUGAUGUGCUAGAAAUUGAGGUGAAGGACAAGUUUGCCAAGAGCCGCCCUAUCAUCAAGCGCUUCCUGGGAAAGCUGUCGAUGCCAGUCCAGAGACUCCUGGAGAGACACGCCAUAGGGGAUAGGGUGGUCAGCUACACACUUGGCCGAAGGCUUCCAACAGAUCAUGUGAGUGGACAGCUGCAAUUCCGAUUUGAGAUCACUUCCUCCAUCCAUCCAGAUGAUGAGGAGAUUUCACUGAGCACUGAGCCUGAGUCCGCAGAAACUCAGAGCAGCCUCAUGAACAGCUUGCUGGGAAGCAGCCGUGGGGAACCCCCAGAUGAUGUUCCCAAUCCCUGCGAGAGCUUGAAGGCAGAUCCCUUGAGUGAGGACAAUAUGAUGGACGGUGCAGGAAAUCAGAGUCUGGAGCCUGCAGGGCCAGUGGAAGAUGUGUACUGCACCAUGGGGCCAGAAGACCAGGGAAAGGCCUUUGAAGAACCUGAGGGGGCUGGGGAGCCACAGGACACUCAGCCUGCCCUGAGUGCAGAGGAAUUGGCUGAGGGGCUUGGCCUGGAUGACGAGGCAACACCACCGCCCCUGCUGGAGGAUGGCGAUGCUCUCACCAACAAGGAAGACCUGGGGCAGGAGGAAGCGGCUCCCGGAAGCAGGGCAGGAGGGGAAGAGGAGGCAGAGAAGCAGGAGCAGGUGGAGGAGGAGGUGGUGGAGGUGGAAGAGGGAGAGGCUUCCAAUCCGGAGCAGGAGGAAAGUACCCUGCCACUGCGGGCCUCGGCCAAGAGGCGAAGUCGACCGUGCUCACUGCCGGUGUCAGAGCUGGAGACUGUGAUCGCGGCGGCCUGCAUGGAACCCGAGACGCCGCGCACGCACUACAUCCGCAUCCACGCGCUGCUGCACAGCCUGCCACGCGCGGGUGGCCACCCCGAAGGCGACGCGCACCAGAGCACCGGGAGCGAGAGCGACUCCAGCCCGCGGCCCGGCGGAGAGCACAGCUGUGAGGGCUGCGACGCGUCGUGCUGCAGCCCCUCCUGCCACAGCUCCUCGUGCUACAGCGCUUCGUGCUACAGCUCCUCGUGCUACAGCGCCUCCUGCCACAGCCCCUCCUGCUACAAUGGUGGCAACCGCUUCGCCAGCCACACGCGCUUUUCCUCGGUGGACAGCGCCAAGGUCUCUGAGAGCACCGUCUUCUCCUCACAGGACGACGACGACGACGAGGAGAACAGCGCCUUUGAGUCGGUACCUGACUCCGUGCAGAGCCCUGAGCUGGACCCCGAGGCCACCAAUGGCGUAGGGCCGUGGCAGGACGAGCUGGCCACACCCGGAGGGACGGUGGCGAGAACUGCGGAAGGUCUGGAGUGCCCCGUGGCAGGGCCGAGCCAUCGGAGAGAAGGUGAAUGUCCUAUUCUCCAUAAUUCCCAGCCAGUAAGCCAGCUUCCUUCCCUGAGGCCUGAGCAUCACCACUACCCAACAAUCGAUGAGCCUCUUCCACCAAACUGGGAAGCUCGGAUUGACAGCCAUGGGCGGGUCUUUUAUGUGGACCAUGUGAACCGCACAACCACCUGGCAGCGCCCGACAGCGGCAGCCACCCCGGACGGGAUGAGGAGAUCCGGCUCAGUCCAGCAGAUGGAGCAGCUCAACAGGCGGUAUCAAAAUAUUCAGCGAACCAUUGCAACAGAGAGGCCCGAGGAAGAUUCUGGCAGUCAAAGCUGCGAGCAAGUCCUGGCUGGAGGAGGUGGAGGAAGCGACUCAGAGGCUGAAUCUUCCCAGUCGAGUUUAGAUCUGAGGAGAGAAGGGUCACUUUCUCCUGUGAAUUCACAAAAAAUCACCUUGCUGCUGCAGUCCCCUGCUGUCAAGUUCAUCACCAACCCUGAAUUCUUCACCGUGUUGCAUGCCAAUUACAGUGCCUACCGAGUCUUCACCAGUAGUACCUGCUUAAAGCACAUGAUUCUGAAAGUCCGUCGAGAUGCACGCAAUUUUGAACGCUACCAGCACAACCGGGACUUGGUGAAUUUCAUCAACAUGUUUGCAGACACUCGGCUGGAGCUGCCCCGGGGCUGGGAGAUCAAGACGGACCAGCAGGGAAAGUCUUUUUUCGUGGACCACAACAGUCGAGCCACCACUUUCAUUGACCCCCGCAUCCCUCUCCAGAACGGCCGCCUUCCCAAUCAUCUGACUCAUCGCCAGCACCUCCAGAGGCUCCGAAGUUACAGUGCCGGAGAGGCCUCAGAAGUUUCUAGAAACAGAGGAGCCUCUUUACUGGCCAGGCCAGGACACAGCCUGGUAGCUGCAAUCAGAAGCCAACAUCAACAUGAGUCGUUGCCCCUGGCAUAUAAUGACAAGAUUGUGGCAUUUCUUCGCCAGCCAAACAUUUUUGAAAUGUUGCAAGAGAGGCAGCCAAGCUUGGCGAGAAACCACGCACUCAGGGAGAAAAUCCACUACAUUCGGACUGAGGGCAAUCACGGGCUUGAAAAGUUGUCCUGCGAUGCAGAUCUAGUCAUUCUGUUAAGUCUUUUUGAAGAAGAAAUCAUGUCCUACGUCCCUCUGCAGGCUUCCUUCCACCCUGGGUACAGCUUCUCUCCCCGCUGUUCACCCUGCUCCUCACCUCAGAACUCCCCAGGUUUACAGAGAGCCAGUGCACGAGCCCCUUCACCAUACCGGAGAGACUUUGAGGCCAAGCUACGAAAUUUCUACAGAAAACUAGAAGCCAAAGGAUUUGGGCAGGGUCCAGGGAAAAUUAAGCUCAUUAUUCGCCGGGACCACUUAUUGGAGGGAACCUUCAACCAAGUGAUGGCCUAUUCCCGGAAGGAGCUCCAAAGGAACAAGCUCUACAUCACCUUUGUUGGAGAGGAGGGCCUCGACUACAGCGGUCCUUCUCGAGAGUUCUUCUUCCUUUUGUCUCAGGAGCUCUUCAACCCUUACUAUGGACUCUUUGAGUACUCUGCAAAUGAUACUUACACGGUGCAAAUCAGCCCCAUGUCAGCAUUUGUAGAAAAUCAUCUUGAAUGGUUUAGGUUUAGUGGUCGUAUCCUGGGCCUGGCCCUAAUCCAUCAGUACCUUCUGGACGCCUUCUUCACGAGGCCCUUCUACAAGGCGCUCCUGAGGCUGCCCUGCGACUUGAGUGACCUGGAAUAUCUGGAUGAGGAAUUCCACCAGAGCUUGCAGUGGAUGAAGGACAACAACAUCACAGAUAUCCUUGACCUCACUUUCACUGUUAAUGAAGAGGUCUUUGGACAGGUAACGGAAAGGGAAUUGAAGUCUGGCGGAGCCAACACCCAGGUGACGGAGAAGAACAAGAAGGAAUACAUUGAGAGGAUGGUGAAGUGGCGGGUGGAGAGAGGCGUGGUGCAGCAGACCGAAGCACUGGUGCGGGGCUUCUACGAGGUUGUAGACUCAAGGCUGGUCUCCGUGUUCGAUGCCAGGGAGCUGGAGCUGGUGAUCGCGGGUACUGCAGAGAUUGACCUGAACGACUGGCGGAAUAACACCGAGUACCGGGGAGGCUAUCAUGAUGGGCAUCUCGUGAUCCGCUGGUUCUGGGCCGCAGUGGAGCGCUUCAAUAAUGAGCAGAGACUGAGAUUGCUGCAGUUUGUCACGGGAACAUCGAGCGUGCCCUAUGAAGGCUUCGCAGCCCUUCGAGGAAGCAACGGCCUUCGGCGUUUCUGCAUUGAGAAAUGGGGGAAAAUCACAUCUCUCCCCAGGGCACACACAUGCUUCAACCGAUUGGAUCUCCCACCAUAUCCCUCUUACUCGAUGUUGUAUGAAAAGCUGUUGACAGCAGUAGAAGAAACCAGCACCUUUGGACUUGAGUGAGGAAACAGAACCGCACCUUGACAUUUUCCUGGCCAGUGACAUCACCCUUUCUGGGAUGACCCCUUUCCCAUUUCCUUAAUCAAUUCUCCUUUGAUUUUGGUAUUUCAUGAUUUUUAUUUUACCAAAUCAGGAUUGACAAAGCUGUGCAUGAAGAACUGCCUUCUUCUAAGAUCUAACCUUCAGGCUUCUCUCCUCUGUUUUCAAUGAACUGCUAGCCUGUAUGCAAUAUUUAAAAAAAAACUGUCUCAAGGUCUGUGUAUAUUUCCACAUACCUCCAUUACUAACAAUGAAAUAUGAAUGCAAGUUAUGCUACACUUGACCAAAUGGUAAUAAAUGUUUACUUCCAUUUUUAUGAUUUAAGAGAAAUUUUGAGCAUUUGCAUUCCAAGCUUUUCUACACCCAUGUCUUCUGAGCAGAGUCACCAUUUUUUUUUAAUCAUUUAUAACAGUCAAUUCCAGACCUAGGAGCUGAUCGACUCUUUGUUUUCCUCUCACUCUACUUUCCCCGCGUGUACUACCCAUCCAAAGGACAACAAGUGCAAUGCUGAAAUUUUUAUACAUUCAGCUCAUGAUUCAUAGGGGGCAUCAGUCCCGUCAGACGGAACUAGCCUAGACAAAUGGUGCAAAUAUGACACCCCCAAUAAUUAACAACAUCAAGAAAAACACAUCCUGCUGAUAUGACACAGUGCAUCCCAGUGAUUGUGGCGACCAUAGGCUCAACUUGAAUUGGGAGAAGUUGGGAGGAGGGGAGCACUCCCAGUAAAUACCACACAAGAAGCACAAACUCGUGCACACGUUUACAAAAGAAAUCUUCGAUGAUGUAGGCUGAAGGAUGAGACUUCAACCCCCUCGUAUUGUAUAGAAUGUGGUAACACAAACAGGAGGAAGGAGAGAAAGACAUAGUGUAUUGAUUUGAACACAUGGAUUCUGUACUGUUUUGUCUGGUCUAGGUACAGUUCUUCACAACAGAGAAAAUGAUGUGUAUAUAAUUUGAUGACUUUUGUUAAAGCCACAUUUACUUGGCACGCGAACCUUAUUGUUUUCUUUCAGCUGCUUUUUUUCUCAGACUUUUUUCUUUUUUAAAUCAAAGUUCCUCUACAUCUGGUCGUCCACAGGGACCACACUAAGAAGCUGCAGAGAGUGACGGUGCUUGUUAGGGGCCAAGGGCAACAUGUACUUCUCCUCCCUCCAUAGCAGUCCUCCAAAGGCACGUGCGUUUGUGUCCAAAUAAACACAUUUAGCAUUCAGUAAAAAGAUAUCUUUAAAAACUGUGUUUUCCGAAAAACAGUUGCAGGCUCUAAAGACAGCCUUGCCUCUUGAUUACAUUUGAGUUAGAAAACCAACCACAAUGGCCAUUUGCUAUUUUUGUAAACUUGUUAUCCAUGUUGUCUGAAAUAUGUCAAAAAUGAAAGUGUUUUUCUUCACUGGGAAAAGAAAAAGAGACCUGAUUUUGUAAAUGUCACAUUGUUUUCAAUAUAUUAGAAGAUGGAGAAAUGUGAACAAUGUAAGACAAAAUUAAUUUUAGGUGAAGCUAUGCCAUGUGGCUCAUCGUACCAGUCUGUAUAUGGAUAGGAAAUUACUUGUGUUCCCUGUAUUCUAAAAUGAAAUGAAAUGAAAAUAAACUAAAAUAGACUAAAACUCUAAAAUAAAAUAGGAAUUAGUUACAAUGCCCAUCACCACUUGCUGCUGUUUUUCUGUUCUCAGUCAGGGAGUAUAUGUUAUAGAAAUUUAGCCUGUAUCUAUUAUCACCUAAAAAGAAUACUUACCAACGUGGGUUGGAAUAUGGAAGGCAUAUGAUACAGAAUUUGAGGGAUAUGUAAAAUUCAGUACACAUUUCAGUAUCUGAAAAGUAAUGGACUCCAGUGUAGCUGUUGUAUAUGAAAUGAGAACAUUAGGAUUGUAUAAAUCAUUUUAUCAUAUCCUUAUCUUACAUCAGUAAUAUGGCAGGCAUCUUUGAUCUUUAGAAUUUGGUAUUCUACAUGCACAAUCAUUAAUUCAAACAGUCAACUCUUUUUUAGUACUUUUUUUUUUCUUUGUGGUACUGAGGACUGAACCAGGGAUAUUCAUCCUGAAGUACAACCUCAACGCUUUCUUUUUAUUUUCUCACUACUGGGGAUAUAAUCUAGAACCUUUGCACUGAUCUGCAUCCCCA